AGUCCAUGUUUUGCCUAUCAUAUAACUUAACAUAUUUGCCAUCAUGGUCACACAUUGCCAUUUAGUGCAAGACUAAUCGAAAUCCACAAAUACAGGAACAUUUUUUGUUUAAUCCAUUUUUUUGUUUAGUCUAAAAAUCUAUGGAAAUAUUUUGACCCCAUUCUUCAAUCAAUUCUUCAAAUAGUCGAGCGCGCUGUCAUCCGACAGCUCUUGUUUAACCUUUGUACUGAGUUUCUUCCCCUUAAAUUCCAGAGGAAUUAGUCUAUUUUUAGAAAUCCUAUUUUUAGAUUUUCAAUAUUUUAGGUAUUUUUCUAACUUUUUUAUUAUAAGUCCUAUGUAAAAAGUAAAAACAUUUUUCCGUGGUAACAUGGGUUGGUAAGACACUUUUUUGUAUUCACUUUUAGUGUAUCUCUAAUAUUAGAGAUUCAAUAUAUUUACUAGUAUUACUAUACUAGUAUUAUACUAGUAUUACUUAUAUGUGGAAGCCCAGGAUGAAGUACUCCAAAGUAUUUUUAAGAUUCCUUAUGGUUGCCAUUCUUCUGUGACAAGACCGUAUGGUAGGGUAUGAGUCACUCCUGUGACAGUUCUAGUUUGACAUUUCAGAACUUACAGCAAAUGACGUAGCAUCUCUUAGGAGUUUGCUUGGAAUUCAGGCCCCUCCUGAACAGGUUGAAAUGCCAUAUUACGAUGAUGUUGACCAACAAGAGACUUCAGCUCUUGGUAAUAGACAAAAUAUCCAUGUUCAGGUUAAUGCUGCUGAUAUUUCUGAUGAUGAAUCUUAUGACAAUUAUGGGCAAGAGCAGGAAAAUUUUUCAAAACAAUUUUCAGCAGUCAUAUUUGAAGAUCAGAAUAAAACUACUAAUCCCAAUAAUAAUAAUCUCUCUUUGGAGGAGAUUGACUGUGCGAUGCCAAAACUGAAAGCACCAGAUAAAGGUAAGCCGGUUUCUGACAAAUUGGCACAACUUGUUAGUACUUCUUGUACUGCUCUCUGUGAGACAGAUUCUUUGAUUAGUACUUAUAAAGUACCCGAAAACUGUGAAAUGGCUUCCCCGCCUUUGAUUAACCAGGAAGUCUGGAAGGUGCUAGAUAAAAAAUCUCACAUGAAUGAUAAAAUUCUAGUUGGUAUUCAAAAUUUAGUUGCUGCCGGCCUUGGAACGGUUAUUAAAUUGACUGAAUUAAUCAAGGGUAACAUAUCAUCUGAAGCAAAAGGGGUCAUCUCAGAUACUUUUACUGUCCUCGGCCAGGUACAGUAUAAUUUGUCUCUUCGGAGAAGAUAUGCUAUUAGACCUCUCUUGAAAAAGAUGUAUGCUAGCUUGUGUCAAAGUUCAAUGCCUAUCACAACCAAAUUAUUUGGGGAUGACAUUUCUAAAGAAGUGAAAAAUUGUGACAAUCUCUCCUCCUUGGGAAAUUCUUUUACUCAGCGUAGUCCCUUGUAUGGUCUGUAUGGUGGAGGAUUUCGUGGUAGGGGCAGAUUUUCUCGUAGAGGGUACAAUACCUCUUACAGAACACAGCCAUAUCCAAUGAGAGGACAACCAGGAUAUCGAAGUAUGUCCAGGCCUAGGCCGUUCAGGAGAAUUGCCACAGCAACGGCCCCAAACGAUCUGGAGUAAACAAGGUUACCACGUCACAGGGAUUUAUUAACACUACAGCACAAUCAAGAACCACAUCUGCUUGGAAAGCGUUUGAAUCUGAUCGCAACUAUAAUAUCCGGGAAUCACUUAAGGGUAGAGGAAUUUUGACGGAACUUGCA